CCACGUUAAAUGCAGUUCAAUUCUGCACAGUGUGCAAACAAAGCCACCACCGAUGUCUCCGCCGACGAACCCUCGCCGGAGCUCCGAUCCCACCGCCGCCGCCACUCCGGGAUGGAUCUCCGACUCAAUCAACGGCGGCUCCCUCCGCCGCGUCGACCUCCACACCGGCACCAACGGCUGGGCGUCGCCGCCGGGCGACGCCUUCUCCCUCCGCUCCGCCAACUACUUCACGAAGCGGCAGAAAUCCCCCGCCGGCGACUACCUCCUCUCGCCGGCCGGCAUGGACUGGCUGAAAUCCGGCGCGAAGAUCGAGCACGCGCUCUCACGCGCGGACAACCGCGUGAUGCACGCGCUGCGCGAGUCUCAAACCCUAGGCAAGUCGCUGAAGAGCUUCGUCUUCGCGGUGAACCUCCAGAUCCCCGGCGCGAGGGAGCACCACAGCGCGGUGUUCUACUUCGCCACGGAGGAACCGGAAGCGCUCCGAACCGGUUCGCUCCUGAACCGGUUCGUGUUCGGCGACGACGCGUUCCGGAACCAGCGGUUCAAGCUGGUGAACCGGAUCGUGAAGGGACCGUGGAUAGUGAAGAAAGCCGUCGGGAACCACAGUGCGUGUUUGUUAGGGAAAGCGUUAAACUGCAGUUACUAUAGUGGUUCGAAUUACCUCGAAAUCGACGUCGAUAUCGGAAGCAGUGCGAUUGCGAGCGCCAUUCUGCACCUCGCGUUGGGCUACGUCACUGCGGUCACCAUCGACAUGGGAUUUGUGGUGGAGGCGCAGGCGGAGGACGAGUUGCCGGAGCGGUUGGUCGGCGCCGUUAGGGUUUGCCAGAUGGAGAUGUCGUCGGCCACCGUCGUCGAGGCAUUGCACGCGCCGCCGCACGUGCCGCGUGGAGUGGGGUUGGCGAGAGUGAAUCACCAUAAGUCUGCGGAUGAACUGACGUUCGAGGAAUAGAUAUUUGUUUAGGGAUACAAAUAUUAUGAUUUUUUUUUUUUUGGUUAUUUUCCGGUGGAUUUUAAUUUCUCAUUUUUUGGAUAUAAUGAAAUAAAAAUAAUGUCAACAUUAUAGUACUUGUUAACAAAUUUAUGUAAUUAUCAUUCAAUGAUUGUAAAAUAUUGAUGAAUGGA